CUUACAGUGACCAUGGACCAGGGUGGGAGCACGGAAACCUAAACAUUGCGACUAUUCACUACCUAGGGUAGUCUUGUGAAGCUGGUACGUGACCUCGGGAGCCCAUAGAAUGCAUGGUUGUUAUGGCUACAAGUAACGUUAGCUUAUCGGUCGCCGUAAUUGGCGGUGGCAUUGGCGGACUGACAGCGGCAAUUGCAAUGCGGAGGGCCGGGCACAAAGUAACACUUUUCGAGAAGAACAGCUUGUCGGGCGAAGUCGGAGCCGCCGUUGGACUCGGGUCAAAUUCGCUGGACUACUUACAAAACCUCGGCUUUGACAGUAGUAGAGCGAAGAUUUGCAGAGUGAAAAACACACAGAUCCUCGAUGGAAGGACGUUGGAGUUGCUGCAAGUCUUGCAGGUAGCGGGAACAACCGGAGGCACGUUCUAUCGACCUGACCUGCGCGAGGAGUUGAGGCUUGUGGCAGAGUCGCCGUUGUCUGAUAAAGGUGGCGACGAGGACGCGACGAACCCGCCAUGCCGCCUUCUCGAAUAUACAGAGGUAGUCAGCAUCGACCCGGAGCAGGGGAUCGUCCACCUGGCGGACGGCUCGCAAGCCGAGGCAGACCUCAUCAUCGCCGCCGACGGCGUCCACUCGUCCGCGAUGAGCGUCAUCCUCGGCGAGCCCUCGCCAGCCCUGCGGAGCAGCACCUCGGCCGCCCGCGCCGUGAUCCCCGUCGCCAAGCUGCAGGAGAACCCCUUCGCGCGCGUGAUGGCUGCCGUGCCCGGCCGCAGCACCUUCAGCGUGGCACCCGACGGCACGCGGUACCUGCUGGGCUACUGGUGUCACGGCUUCGAGUAUCUGAAUCUCGUCCUCUACGCCCUCGAGGACAUACCCGGGAUGGUGAUCCACAAGAUGAAAGGCGAGACGACCCGGGAGCACCUGGCGGCCGCCCUGAACGAGUUCCAUCCUGAUCUUGGCACGGUGUGUGAACAUCUGCUGGAUGUCUUGCCGCUGUGGCGGCUCCAUACGCGAGCACCUGCCGCCCGGUACAGCCGCGGGCGUCUUGUUGCCAUUGGUGAUGCGGCACAUGCCAUGUUAUCGCACUUGGGCCAAGGGGCCAAUUCUGCCAUUCUCGAUGCUGCGGCUCUCGGUACUCUGUUCGAAGACCUACCGGAUCGGUCACCUCAGACCAUCUCUCAUCGGCUUGGUCUCUUUGACGAGAUCAGGGUUCCCUACAAUUCAGCCGUUCAACUGUGGUCGGAACUGCCAAUGUAUGAGCAACCCACCAAGAAAAAUGCCGAAAUCCAGCCUUUACUCCCAGACCUCAAGCUUCCUGAGACGACUCAGGAACUUGUAAACUUCGUACACCGGUACGACGUUGUGAGCGUGUGUAGGGAAAGGCUUCAGACUUCGAGUGAACCCGACCACAAGGCAGCAUAG